CGAAAACGCGAUUUUGUCCCAAGUAUGUUUCCGUAGGAGUAAUAACAGAAAAGGGUGCUAGUUCGUGUGUAUCCAUUACCAUAUGAAUUAUUGAAACUAGGCAGUAUACGUUGACACGGGGAUGGCUGCGGAGUGCAGGAUUAGGAAGAGUGAGUGUGCUGAAGUUAGUGAGGUUAUUGUGGGUGACCCUUACUGUGUGUCCGUGCUGAAACAUGGCUACUGCCUGAGCCACACUGAUGGCUCUUUUCGGGCAGACGGCAGCAUUACCUUACUGACCGGACCAAAAACUAUACUGGUGGACACUGGAGGGCCAUGGGACCGAGACUUCCUACUCUCUAAACUGAAAGAAAAAGGACUGUCCCCUGCCGAUGUGAGUUUGGUGGUCGGUACACACGGACACUCUGACCACGUGGGCAAUUUAAACCUGUUUCCCAGAGCAACAGUAGUCGUGGGGUGUGACGUAAGCCAAGGGGAUAGAUACCUGCCGAAUAGGCUUGCGGAAGGGUCACCCUACCCCAUCGACCCAUAUGUGUCCAUCAUCCCUACGCCUGGCCAUACAGGACGUGAUGUCAGUGUUCUUGUUAAGGGAACAGUUGUGGGACAAGUUCUCGUGGCUGGGGAUCUGUUUGAGUGUUGCGCCGAUGAAGACUCGUGGAGGGAGCUUAGCGAGAACCCAGAGGUGCAGGAUGUGAGUCGGCGGACUGCUUUAAGGAUUGCUGAUGUCAUCAUUCCUGGACAUGGAGCACCAUUCAGGGUGUUCAGGGAAUCAGGAGACUGAGGACCGGAAAUCUGUCCAAACCACUGAAGUAUAGUUGAGUCUGUGGCACAAACCACGUCUAAUAUUAGAUAUUCAGUGGAAAAUCAUUGGAAUACAAAAAAAACCCCACUUUUAUUAUUCACAUUAUUGUGCAGUGUCACUAUUGUUUAUUUUUUUGUGUUUCACAGCAUGCCUCUUGGUACCUGUGCUUUAUGACUAAGGGUCAGUGGCAGGGCAGUUUGAAAGUGAAGUAUUUUAAUUUCUGAUUUUUUAAUUAAUUAUUUAUUUUUUUAAGAACACUCUGCUUUAAAAAUGUUGGAAUUUAAAAUGUAUGCUACUUAGGAAAAGAAUAUCAGUAGAAAACAACAGAUUUCCUUAUUUUUUAUUUUGAUGUCUAAAAUAAACAUUUAGCAAAGAAUAAGUGAUUGUGAAUUUAGAGACAGCCCAACCUGAAACAUAUCGAAACCAUUCAUUCAUUCAUUCAUGUCCAGUAACUGUUCUGGGAGAAAUCCUGAUUUGACUUGUUUGCUUUUUCAUGGGAGCAAGAGGUUUUUAUUAUGGAGCUUUAAAGAGAAGCUUGUGGGAGAGUUGCCAGAUGUCAGCAAAUUCCCAUCUCAACUACAACUCAGAAACCACACAAUGAUUUGCAGUAUAGGCAAUACAAGGCCAGUAUAUGCAGGACCUGGCAACCCUGCUUGCUAGACAAAUACAAAGAUUGUUAACAUGGAUACUAAUAGGAGAUGCACUACACAUCACAGUAGUCUGACCAAAGCAGUGGCUUAUUCAGCUCCAAAAUAAAAGAAUAUAUCUACCAUAUUUCUGUACAAACAAAAGUAAUAUGUUUUUAGAUAUUGAGCCCAAGAUACAACACACUGUCCUUGUACAUUCAUUCGUGUAUUUUUCUUAAAUGAUUGUUCUCUCUCGCUAUUAAAAGAAAUCUUCUUAGAAAA